UAGUGCGGCCGUAAGUCUGUAAGCAGCUUUUAGCGGUUUACGCUGGCAACUCUGGCGUUGCAAGUGAAUUUAUUGUUGGAUGGUCUCGUCGUGUGUGCUCUUAUAAAAUCUUGCCACAUUACAUUCCGUAAAGGAAGUACUUAGUUUUAGAAAUUAAUUGCAACUACAUAUUUAUUAAUAUGUAGUUGCAAUAAAAUAUGACUUAAAGAUAUGCACACUGUACAUAAAAAAUCAUAUUUACUUGUUUACUUACUCGAAUACAUUGUAUUCAUAGCAAUAAAAUUGUUUUGUAUUAUUUUCUAAAGAAAGCAAUAAAUCAUUGUAACAAUCUUAAUCGAUUUUAUUUCAAGUCACUGCACUAUUCAGAGUCUAUUAAUUGAUUACAAAAAGUAAUAUUAAGAGCAUCCUAGUGUUUUCUAAACAUUAUUAACGCGACUUUGUUUGAAGAAAUACAUAAAAAUGGGAGUAUUUCUAUACCUUUUAGUUAUCGUUAUUAAUAGUUGUAACGCUUUCGAUAUACCGAGGAGUUCCUGUAAACCAAAUCUGACUAUAGACGACAAUCACUACAAUGUAACUCAUACGUAUCAUGUAGGGGACUCUUUUCCCACCGAUGCACAUUACGACGAUAAAGGGAAUCUAUUCUUUGUUGAAGCUGGAAGAAACGAUCAAGGGUACUUCUUCAAUAUAAAAGUGAUCAGAGCCAAUUCCACAAAACCACAAGAUAUUCCUGGUUUGCCAGUUGGAAAAAGUUACUCGAUUGCCAUAUCCAAAAGCGACUCGAAGGUGUAUUUUGGGACGAGCGAUGGAAUAUUCGUUUACAACUACGACACCGGAGAAGCGACCCUAGUUUCCGAUCCGGGUCUAAAACUGAACAUGAUCUUUGUCGAUAAAGACGGAAAUAAAUAUAUCACGGAUAGCCCCGAUGGCGUAGAAGAGUUGUAUCUACUGGCCGGCGACAAGAAAAUACGGUUUAGAAGUCUGGAAGCACUCGACGAAUUAGCGGUCGACGAUAGAAAUAAUUUCUACUACAUCAAGGAGGAGAAACUUUUCGUUCUAAAGUCGGAUUCGUCGCGGGCGAAAUAUAUCGGUAAUGUGGCGUACGCGGGGUACGCGCAAAUAACCUUUUAUAAGGACAACGUAUUCAUCGCGAGCGAGACACUAACGUACAUACACGAGAACGACACUGGACCUUUAAAGUUAGUUAAAAACAUCCCAGGCAAGGUGACCGCCGUGGCUUUUGAUCGCGAAGGCAAUUUUGUCUUAGGUAUCCGCGGAAAAUUCUUGAAAUAUUCCAAUAGCAAGCAUUGUAAUCGCAGUCUAAAUUAGUU